GUCACCAGCAGGGUGACAUCCGCUAUUGCUGCCUCUCCACUCCCCCAUUGUUCCUCAGGACUUCUCUGGUCCAAAGCCCUUUGAGAGGUCCCUUCCAGCCCCCAGUCCACCAUGGUCCCGCCAGCCACCAUCCUGUUCCUGCUUUUGCUCCCAGUGGCUGCAGCUCAGAUGACCCCAGGUUCCUGUUCCGGAUGUGGGCCCCUCUCUCUGCCACUCCUGGCAGGCCUUGUGGCUGCGGAUGCUAUUGUGUCUCUGCUGAUUGUGGUGGUGGUGUUUGUGUGUGCGCGCCUACGCAGCAGGCCCCCCCAAGAAGAUGACAAAAUCUACAUCAACAUGCCUGGCAGGGGUUGACUUCCCUGUAACUGCAAGUUUUGACUUCUGACCCUCUCAUCCUGUGUGUGGGUGGUGGCACAAGAAAAUCCACCCUGCUUUGGGGCUGGAAUAAAGCCAUUGAAAUACC